AGCACAUGUUUCGUUCGCUGCGACGAGUUCAAGUGGUUAGGCGUGUUGGUCGUGCAAAAUUGACCGUUUUUUCCGUUUUCACAGUAUUUUCCGGGUUCUUUUUUGGUUCUGUUUCGUUCAUUGAGCACGAUGGAGAUCGAUUGUGAUAAAGUUUUGCAGAGUGUGCGGCAUUUGCAUGAGAAAAUGCAGUGCAAAGAGUUGAGCCCAUUUUCUAGGUUAAGGAAGUUAAACUCGUUACAAAUGGACGAUAUUUGUAAUUUGCUGGGUGAAUUGCUAGAAAAUCCACGUUAUACAGAAGAAAUUGGACGCCGGUUCCAGAGUAUGCUACUGCUGAUUGUGACGCAUGUGUUCGAACGGGAACACGUCGCAAAUAGAGCAGGAAAGGAUGCUCCCAAGGCUGUAGUAGAUUUGGAACCCUAUCGCAGGAAAUGUGUUGCGUUAUCGAAACUGAUAUUACUGUGCCCUGAUGUGUUGAGGUAUUCGAUGCAAUUUUUCCGCAAAAACCCAUCACCCUUUGCUCGCACCAUGGAUGAUGGUGAUUACAAACCGAAGGAGAAACAACGCAAACAUCAUCAGCAAAUGACACAAUCGCUGGACGGUUUCAGUUUGGAGAUGAUAAAGGCAUGCUACCGAUAUCUGGUUGCGGAUCCGGUGUACUACCGUUCGGCAUGGAACUGGUCGGAAUUUUUUGAACAGUUCGAUAGCAACGGCUGUCCACACAGGCGUUACUAUCUGAAUCGAAUAAUGGCGAUUGUCGCGGGCAUGCUACAAACCGACCUGAACACGCUGGACGAAGGAAUACCGGUGGAGGUAAUAUUGGAGGAGGGUAGUCACAUGAGUGCUCACAUCGUUUGCCCAGCGGAGGAAAAUGAGUUGAAAGAUAUUCCCUGCGUGGGUAAAAUCGUUUGGCAUUACAAGAGCGAGGUCGUGACAAACAUUGGCGACGUUCUAUUACCCAUUUUCGAUAAAGACAACGUUAAAUUCUAUCAACGAAUGGCGGAAAAGUUGAAUGAACAGCAACCGGGACCUGCACAGUCGUCCGAGUCUGAUUUGGUGGUGAGCGUAAAUUCUACAAAGCUUAAUUUACGCAAUCUUGCCCUUGGUGUGUCGUCGGGUAAAGCGAUCUGUCUCUCGGGGCCUGUCGGAAGUGGUAAAACGUCGCUGGUAGAAUACUUAGCCAAAACUACCGGUAGAAUUGCUCCCAAACAAAAUGAGCGUGAUCAUCGCCCGGUGCUUAAAGAGGAAACUACCAAGAAACGGAAGCUUAACAAUGCGGCAAAGAUGGCUGGAAUGGACGAAAUCGAAACAUUCGAUUAUGAUGUUGAAGCACUCAAGAAGGUCGCACCGAAGAGUGGAUUUUUGCGUGUACAACUUGGCGAUCAGACCGAUAGUAAGACGCUUCUUGGUCAGUACCGUUGUACGGACACGCCGGGAGAAUUUGUGUGGCAACCGGGUGUACUUACGCAGGCCGUGAUGUACGGAUAUUGGCUGCUGUUGGAGGAUUUGGAUUCAGCCACUCAGGACGUCUGUACCGUAUUGACGAAUCUGCUCGAAAACGGAUAUCUAAGCGUACCAGGGUUCCGUGAUUGUGUUCGUGUAAUGCCGGGGUUUCAACUGUUUGUAACAUUGCGCUCUGGUGCCAAGUCAGGCGUAUCGCAGGCUCAAUGUAGCACAUACAGUUUGCUGGAGAAGUAUCUCUAUACCGUCACUAUUGUGCCCUUGUCUAGGAAGGAACUGUGCGAUAUAAUCUGCAUUCGCUACCCGAAGCUACGCACCGUGGCAACUAGAAUUGUGGACAUUUAUCUGACAUUCUCUAGCGGAUGCCAUUCAGAGGAGGAUGAUCAAAAUUUCACUGCCGAUCAAUUGGCUCUCCUGGAACAGCCACAUUUGCAAGCGAUCAACGAAGAACUGUUAGCAACCGGUGGGGACGAACAGCUACCCCGUUUUCAAUCGGAAAACAAUGAAAAGAUAACUGCAAUGCCAUUUGGCGCUGGAUCUAACAGGCGUCUCGUAUCGACCCGGGAUCUGAUAAAGCUGUGUCGUCGAUCGGAUCCAUCGUUUUCUAUAACCAGCACCGAAUGUGCGUACUUUGUGUUUCAAAACGCGGUCGAUCUGUUCUGCUCCCAUAUACCGCAUGGUCCAGCGCGAACGAAGCUUGUGACGGGAAUAGGGGGGAAAAUCGGCAUCCUUCCUAGUCGCUGUGAGCAUCUAUGUGGCGACUAUAAACCAGUCGUGGAAGUGGGUGUGAGUAGCGAAAUUCGCGUAGGAAGAGUUGUCCUCAAACGUUCGCUACUAGCGGAAGCUAACGAUGAAAAUAAUGCAAACUGCGACGCUACAGAGCACGGUUUCUUAAACAAGCGUCAAAAGCUUGAUCGUAAUGCAUCAUCGCGGGUGAAAACGAUGCAACACCGAGCGGGAUAUGAUGAACCUUCGCCAACGUUUUCCUUCACACGACCGGCGGCGUGCCUGUUGGAACGAAUUGCUGUGGCCGUCUCGCAGAACGAGCCAGUGCUGUUAGUGGGCGAAACCGGUGUAGGGAAAACGAGUUCGGUACAGUAUCUUGCCUAUCAAACUCACCACAAGCUGGUAGUGGUCAACAUGAACAAUCAAUCGGAUGUUUCGGAUCUGGUCGGUGGAUAUAAGCCGGUUGAUUUGGGCUUUGUUGUUACACCGUUACGUUACGAGUUUGAAAGUCUCUUCCGCCGAUCGUUCAAUGCGCAGAAGAAUGAAAAAUUUCUUGCUAACGUUGCCCAGUGCUAUGGUAGUGGCGAUUAUGAUGUGCUGGUGAAGUUGAUGCUAAAAAUAUCGGAAAAGGCAUCGCUGAAGAAGAACGUGGAAAACGGUAAACCGAACAAGGAUAGUGAGGAUGAAAAGAGUGAUGCAAAUGUGCGUGAAAAAUGGAACACAUUGCAAGGGAAGCUAAGGAAAUUGGAUGCUCAGCUGAAAAACUCGAUCAACGUAUCGUUCGCAUUCAUCCCCGGUUCCCUGGUGAACUGUAUUCGCAACGGUGACUGGGUACUGCUCGACGAGAUAAACCUUGCGUCAACGGAAACUCUCGAAUGUCUCUCAACCAUACUCGAACCGGAUGGAUCGAUCGUACUGCUCGAGCGUGGCGAUUACACACCGGUAAAACGUCAUCCCAACUUCCGUAUUUUCGCCUGCAUGAAUCCCAGCACGGAUGUAGGGAAGAAGGAUCUUCCGGUUGGCAUUCGAAACCGAUUCACUGAGUACUUUGUGGAUGAACUGUUGGCGGAGAAUGAUUUGCUUAUUCUGGUGAAUGAUUACCUUGCAUCGACGGGCAUUCAAAAGGGACGCAUUAUGAACACGGUGAAGCUUUACCGACGGUUGCGUUCGAUGGCUCAGCUGGAAUUGAACGAUGGUCUCGGUAAUCGGCCGGUGUUCUCGCUACGUACCCUGUGCCGUGCGCUAUCGAUCUGUGGCAAGAAUUUGUGCGGUUCCAUCGAGCGCAAUCUGUACGAAGCGUUCUGUAUAAGCUUCCUCACGCAGCUUGAUCUUAAAUCACAUGCCACGGUGCUGCUGUUUAUACGGCAAACGCUUCUACAAAAAGAUAGUAGUGGAGUUGUAGUAAAAGCGCUCGCACCCAUACCACGCCCGAAGGUGAAUUCGGAGAAACAGCUAGAUUUUGAAGGCUAUUGGAUUGAGCAAGGACCACGCGAGGUGCAAGAAUGCGCCAGCUACAUCCUCACGGACAGUGUGCGCAAUAAUUUGCGCGAUUUGGCACGAAUCAUAUCGAUCGGAAGAUUGCCGGUGCUGCUGCAAGGACCAACCUCUGCCGGUAAAACAAGUCUGAUCGAGUAUAUAGCGAAGCGAAGCGGCAACGUUUGUCUGAGAAUUAACAAUCACGAACAUACGGAUCUGCAGGAGUACAUCGGUACGUAUGUGGCCGAUGUGACGGGCAAGCUAACGUUUAAGGAGGGCGUACUGGUCGAGGCAAUGCGCAACGGGUAUUGGAUUAUUUUGGACGAGCUGAAUCUAGCCCCGAGCGACAUUCUUGAGGCGCUGAACCGUGUGCUGGACGAUAAUCGGGAACUGUUCAUUCCGGAGACACAAGUCGUGUUGAAGGCACAUCCAAACUUUAUGCUAUUUGCUACGCAGAAUCCUCCAGGAUUGUACGGUGGGCGGAAGAUGCUUUCACGUGCGUUUAAGAAUCGCUUCAUUGAGUUGCACUUUUCGGACAUUCCCAAACCAGAGCUGGAAGUCAUCUUGGAACGGCGCUGUCAUAUUCCGCGAUCGUACGCUGUGAAGAUGGUAAAGGUAAUGUCGGAUCUGCAGCUGAACCGACGGAGCACUACGGCUAAGCAAAACUUUACGUUGCGUGAUCUGUUCCGCUGGGGAAAUCGGUAUACGUAUGCCGAUCCGAAGCUGCUCGAGGAUCGUAGCUACGACUGGAAUCAACAUCUGAUCGACGAGGGAUAUCUCGUGCUGUCAUCUAAGGUGCGCAGUUCUUUCGAAACGGAAAUCAUUAGAGAGGCACUCUUUGCACACUUCCGAAAGCGGGUAGAGGAAGAGUGUCUUUUUAGCUUGUCGGAGCGUACGUCGAAAGUCACGCGAUCGAUUCUGGAACGUGUCAUGGCUGUCCAUGGAGUGACGGAAGCAGCAGGCGACAAGGAAAAGCGUCGUGGAGCUGAAGGAAUCGUAUGGACGUUUGAUAUGCGACGGAUGGCCGUAUUGACAGCGAAAGCUUUACAGUUUAACGAACCGGUACUGCUGGUCGGACCAACUGGAUGUGGAAAAACUACCGUAUGUCAACUGUUGGCCACACUGGAGAAGAAAUCGCUUCGUAUAUUGAACUGUCACAUGCACACAGAAGGAGCCGAUUUCCUUGGAGGACUUCGUCCAUACCGAUCAGACCAAAACGAUUCAAUGGAGGAUGAUACGCCAAAGAAACAUCAGCUAUUCGAAUGGUCCGAUGGUCCGCUAGUUCUUGCGAUGCAACAAGGAGGCUUUUUCCUUGCAGAUGAAAUUUCUCUUGCCGAAGAUUCUGUACUUGAGCGGUUAAAUUGCUUACUGGAACCGGAGCGGACUCUUCUACUCGCGGAGAAAGGUGGUGUAUCGACGGGUGCCAUUGCCGACGAGGUGCCCACCGACAAUGAUGGCUUUGUUAUAACAGCCCGUGAUGGUUUCCAAUUUUUGGCCACAAUGAAUCCGGGAGGUGAUUUCGGAAAGAAGGAAUUGUCUCCUGCAUUGCGGAAUCGUUUGACGGAGAUAUGGUGCCGGGCAACGGAUUCGGAGGACGAUUUAACACAUAUCGCCGAGAAUACGUUGCGUAGGCAGGUGCUGUUGGAAGGAGGAGAUUCUUUUCCAGUGCAGAACGAUUCAAUGACCUCGGUAGCACGUGUGAUUGUGAAAGAGGUGCAAGUGUUGAAACAAUCGAUCGAAAAGCUCAAUUUCAGUAUACGAGAUAUACUGGCAUGGGUUGGAUUUGUGGCAAAAAAUGCGUCGCGCGUAGGACUGCCGGAAGCACUGAUUUAUGGCCUAGAAACGGUGUUUCUCGAUUCGCUCGAAAUGUUGCCGUAUGAAACGUAUGAAGAAAUCGUCUCUAUACGACGUAAGAUGCGCCGGUCGUUGAUGAAACUGAUGAAACAAUUGCUCCAAUGGGAUGGAAAGAUCAGUAUGAUCGAUUACGAUCAACAGGCGACCGGAACUGGCGGACUUUCGGUGAUCACAUCCACCGAAAACCGUUUCGGUAUUCAUCCUUUCUACAUCGAACUGGACGCGACCGUGCAUCGAGCUUGUCGAAAAGGGACAGACUUUAUGUUCAGUGCACCAACCACACAAAGGAAUCUGUUCCGAUUGCUGUCGGCAUUGAGCCUCGACAAAGCCAUUCUGCUGGAAGGUCCUCCUGGAGUGGGAAAAACUUCCCUGGUUGAAAGUCUUGCACGAGAAAUCGGCUACGACGUGGUGCGUAUCAAUCUUUGUGAGCAUACCGAUUUGGCUGAUCUUUUCGGUACGGAUCUACCAGCGGACGAUCGAUCACUUGAGGUAAACAGUAAUGAAAAUGCGGAAAAGCACGCAUCAUCCGGUUCUCGACCAACGCUAGGAUCGUUUGUGUGGCGUGAUGGUCCACUGCUCGCUGCACUGAAGGCACGUCGCAACACGUGGAUUCUUCUGGACGAGCUGAACUUGGCUCCGCAAAGUGUGCUGGAGGGUUUAAACGCGAUUCUGGACCAUCGUGGUGAGGUGUACAUUGCGGAGCUCAACAAAACGUUCCAUCUGGGCAAGCGGACAAGGAUAUUUGCUGCACAGAACCCACUUCGACAGGGUGGAGGUCGUAAGGGUUUACCGCAGUCAUUCUUGAACCGGUUUACAAAGGUAUAUCUGAGAAAGCUCGAACGACGAGAUUUACUACACGUUGUCGGAAGCAAAUAUGAUCAAAAGUUCGACACCCUUGGAGAGCAGCUACUGGAAGCGGAAGGGUUACGAUUGUCUCGAUCUUCGGUAGUAAGUUAUUUCGACCAUUGCAACACGGAGUAUGAAGAAGGAUUGAAUUUCGAUCUAGCUGAAAGAAUGGUCGUGUUCUCGGAACGGCUCGAGACCGGACUGGCAAAUCUGGAGUUCGGCUACAAAGGUGGUCCGUUCGAGGCGAAUCUUCGCGAUAUCCUUCGUUGGUGUGAGCUGUUCUUCAGCAAAAGUUGUGGUUUUAUAGUCCCAACAGUUGAUGCUGCAUCAGCGAGCUUAAAACACCAACUUUUGGUGGUACUUUUUGAGAAGAUGAAACUAGUUUACUACCAACGUAUGCGUGCAGAUAUAGACAAACGUUACAUAGUGACGGCUUUUACAGAAGUUUUCCACUGCGAUGGAGAUGAGCUGGAGCGUAUAUCGCAGGAUAUUGGUUUGUACUGGACGGACGACAAGUUGUACCUGGGAGAUAUUGUCCUUCGGAAGGGAUACACGAUGGAAGAUGGUGAAGAACUUCCGCUGGUUGCAGUCAAACAACAAUCGUUGGCCGGUGCUGUCGGAGCGAAUUCGACGCUAGUUCUUGCUAGUCAGCUAGAGCUGUUGAAAAGUGUGACGGAGUGUGUGCAGCUCGAGAAACCGAUCAUCCUGUGCGGUCCGAGUGAUUGUGGCAAAACGAAAGUAAUCGCAUUACAUUCAACGCUGGCCGAUGCUUUCUACCAGGUGGACACAAUAGACGACUCGGUGACGGGUAGCUUCCAGCAGUUUGAUUUCAAUCGUCACCUGGAGGAGAUGGCAGCACUGGUGGAAACCACGCUGCGGAAGAAGGUGAAGGAGCUGCUGUUACGCGACGGUUCUGCGGCAGGUUCAAAGGGAGGAGCAGUUUUGUCCUUACUGGAAUGUUGGGAGAAGUACGAGAAUCUAAGUCAAGGUGUUGCUGCCUUCAAUGCGAACAUUACAAGCCCACUGCAGACUGGUGAGAUGGCACUGUUCCGGAAGCGUCUCAGUGCGCUACAGAAAGUGAUCUCCGUGCUGCUCGUACUGUACAGUGCAUCGAUCACAGCAAUCAACCGACUGAAAGGGAUGUCCAAAGUGCUAGAAAAGUUGGACCAUCUGUCCCGACAAGUGCAAACACUCAAUACCGGUGGUCAUUUCGAGUGGGUUGACUCAAAGGUGGUGAAAUGUCUUCGCACUGGACAGCACAUAUGUUUGGAGCACGUAAACCUUUGCUCGUCCGCCGUUCUUGACCGACUGAACCCGGUAUUUGAACCGAAUGGUACUCUCAUGAUAUCGGAAAAAGGCACCGUCAGGACGGAAGAUUCUGUUGACGUGGACGAAACAAUGACCGAAGUUGUUCAAAGACAUCAUAACUUCCAAGCCUUCCUUACCCUGGAUCCGAAGAAUGGCGAAAUCUCGCGUGCGAUGAGAAAUCGAUGCAUCGAGCUGGCUUUCGCAAAUCGAGACGCGUACGAGGAGGAUGAUUUGCGGCGCCUUGUGUUUGCGAAUGGAAUCGCUGAGCCGUAUCUCAUCGAGGCAUGCCUUUCGAUCCACAAGGAGCUGAGGAAUGGAUCCGGACAGUCGGAGCAGUUUAGUCCGUUCGGGGUGGCGCACCUGGUACGGUUUGCUCAACUAAUCGCACAGAAUCUACAAAAGCAGGGCAUGAAUCGUAGUAUCGAUUGUUUAAAACUGAGCGCGAUGGAUGUCUACGUUCGGCCGUCUAAUGUGGAUCUGCUGGGCUAUGGAUUGGAUUACUAUCGAAACGCAUUGAAAGAGACGAUCGAGAAGGUUAUCGAAACGAUCACGGUGCGAAAAAGUGUGGUUCGCUUUGAAAAUGUUACGCUUCAUGCAAGUGGUCUCACAAAACUGGCCCGCGUUAAGCUGCAAGCGGAACCAUUCAUUGCGCUGCUUCGUGGGUUCUUGGAGGGUUUCGAUGCUGUACGAGUGCUGGCUGAUGUAUCGAGUAGAUUUGAACCGUUUGCCGAGAAGGUGAACAACGAUUCCUUGAAAUAUCUGCUCUACUUCUUGUACGAAAUCAGCUCGCGAGCUGAUAUCGAAAUGCGGACAUCGUACCUACGAAGAGCUAUCGGUGAAGCUGUAAGCGUUGAAGGGAAGGAAUCAGUUAAAGACCAAAACGCACUGCACCCAGCUGCAAACGGAACUGGUAUUCAAGUAGAUAUUACUGUAAUGGAAGAGCAAAUCGACGAAGGAAAGCGCAAACGAGAUUGGGAUGCAGCUCCAGCUGGUGUGAAGUUCACGAUGCAGCCAGUCAGUUGGACAAGACAACAAAAGUUUAAAAUAGAAUCUGAAGAAAUCGCAGUCCAAAAAGUACACCUGGACAUGGAUUUGAUUGUAGAACUGAAUGAAAUUCUGUGUGCGAUUGUGCAACAAAUAGCACAAUCGGAAGCUACAGGAGAUCUACCCUGGAAUCGAACUCUUUUCCCAAGGAUCCGCGAUUACCAGACAAUUAGCAAUACACUCGAUCCCCGCAAAUUGAGCAGCGAGCUUUUGCUGAACACAAUUCUCUCACCAAUCAGAAUAGAUUCGGUAAAAAAGCUGAGCCAGAUCGAUUUGCUAUCCUACUCGAAAGCGGUAAACGAUAAGCUGAUUAACGACGGAAUCGCUAACGGAUUGCUGCUGAUGCUGUAUGAAUUCCUCGUCAACUACCGUACGAUGGCUGUGCAAACGUUAAACAAACUAUCGAUGAGUGAUGAAUUGUACGUGCGUUUGAUCCUCUCCAAUCAGUGGAUUAAUCGACUUAUUGAUCUUUCCCAUCGGAAAAUGUACGAGAACAAGGAGCUGAAGGUUGGAUUGCUGGAUAAUCUAACGCUUCACUUCCAGUGGGUCGAAAAACACUGCCUAAGACUGCUGGAGCAAGAAUCGAACAGCAAUGGCAACGGUGUCCGUGAAGCUCUUCGUCAAUCUAUUACGGAGCUAACACAUCCCUUACUUGCGAUCCGGAAAGCUUACGGAAAACGCUUUCUCGAAUACUUACCACUGUAUACAGCCGAACAGGUUCACAAAAUUGUAAAGUUUACCAAACUUGCCGAUGGAAUGAGAUUGGUACCGAAACUAAGCAAACGACAUACGUACGAGGAGUUUAUGCGGCGUGUAGCACUGAUGAAUAAUGUAAAAACAAUCGAUUUUAAGCGAUCGUUACUAGCGUUGAUGUUUGAGCGUAAUGAUCACGCAUGGAUGAUUGAAAAGGAGGAAGACGAAUCGAAUGCCGAUGAGUUUGGUAUGAUCGAACCAUCUAGAAAGGAUUCAAUUAAACGAUACUAUAAAUUGAUCAUGUCGAAAAGCGGUGCACUAGGCGAAGAAAUGAAGGAAGAAAGCUGGAAGCAUGUUAUCGAUGCGAUAUCUUCGUACGAAAAGGACACCAAAUCACUAGCACUACAGGAACGCCUUCCCACUGUCACCCAGUACGAGCUGGAACGGUUACCCAUCCUCGAGUAUUUCGUGUACAAAGUGCUACUAGCUUCACGGGUCCGUAAUCAACAGCAUAACAUUCGGAUGGAUUUUGUGCUUAACAUACGUUCGUUGGGAAUCGAUGUACUAGCCGCGAUUAGGGCUCAAACCGAGCCAGAGCAUCGUGCAGCUCUUGGUGCAUUCAGUUCGUUGCUAGCGUUAAUGGAAGAAUUGCCAUUUGAGCAGCUGUUGGCGAGUGUUCCACCGCAACUAUAUCGUACUUUAACCACUUACUGGCACGAAUUUUGUAGCGCGCUAGAGCGCUUUGAACUAAGCUCACUGGCUAUCCAGCGGAAUGUUUGUCACAAUGUUGAAAGUGCGGAUGCUUACGAGACGUAUCACAACAAUCAUGAGCCAGAUGCGGACGAUAAGGUUACGGGCAGCUUCCGUGGUGCUCUGCUCACGACGAGUUGCUUGUCGAUCCUUCUGGGAAAGGGUUCAGUUGGAUUCCGAGUGACAGGGCUAGGUGAGCUUCCUGAUUGGCGUCAUACAUUGGGGACAAUCGCUACAAUUCUAUGGGGCAACACUCGCGUUCUGGCAAGAGAUUAUCGUGCUGAAAGUAGUCAUCUCCAGGUAGCUACUAUUGCGGCUGGAAAGUUAUUAAAGGAGCUUGAUUAUAUCGUACAGGACAGCAAUGAAACGCAUCCGUUUGUGAAUGAUUUCUUCGACAUCGUGAAACUAUUACGCCAGUAUCAAGAGCAAGCAAAAGAACAUCAGCAAGGCGUGGGUGAAGAUCGCGAUCGCGAAUGGCAGAUAGCUGCUUUACUGCGAACGCUUACCGGAGUACUGCAGAUGAAUUUGUACGUAUUCCUGCCGCUGCUUGACCCAGUUGAAAAGAAUCGUCUAAAGAAAUGCUACCUCCAGGAAGACAUUGAACUGCUAGAAAUGCUCGUCCGUACGUAUGAUUGUAUGUCCGUAACGAUGAAUUAUCGUCAACUUGGAGAACACAAUCGUCGCUUAUUCCUCGGCGAGAUUGAACGAUUGAAGACCAAGGAACAACAGUUGAAGCGUAAAGUGGCGCUUCGUCCAGAGGACACUGCGCUGUACGCUGAACUGGUGCGUGAUGUGUAUAACUUCCUGCUCUCCUGCUGUCAUCCUGCUACAAUGGGAAGCCUCCUGAAAUCGAUUGUUCAGUGUCUGGAGUAUGUCGUAGAUAUGCAAAAUGUGGCCAACAAUCGUAACCAUACACAGUCAUUUCUGCUGAAGUUAUCCGAGCUAGUAACGCAGAUUGAUGUGUGGAACGAUAUUGCGAUACAGUUCGAACAUCACACGCUAAAGCGUUACGAUCCUUACUAUCGAGACUUCAUGGCACCAUUGUGUAACUCAAUUGAUACACUUCGGUACGGUUUGAACGGACUACGACACAGCCUCUGUGCCAAACGGGUCACAAUCGAACAGAAAGCAAAUGGAGCAUUUUACGAUCUAAACGAGGAUCGCUCACUCAGAAAGAUGCUGGUCAAGUUCGUACAAUUCCCAUGCGCCAAGCCACUCGAACUGUUCGACGAUCGGCAUAAGGUGAACAUUUACUCGGUGAUGGAAAAACUUUCGCAACCGGAGCAGUCUUACUUCCGGCUGUUGAAGGCUCGCCUGCAGGAAGUAUCGAACAAGAUAAUGGUCGAGCGGAUCGUGGGCAAGCGAUCGUUUGCCGAGCUGGAUCGCAUUGUGAAUGUUUGCAAUCAGGUUUGGCAGAAGCAGGAACAUCUGCGAAGAAAGCGGCAAGCUGAGGAGGACAGUCUGUAUCUGACUAAAUCGCACUGUGAGGAAGAAAGCGAGGAUGUCAUAGCGCAGCGUGAGAUUAGUGAAAUGUUCCCCAAUUAUGUUGAUGAGGACUUUGCGGAGUUUAUCCAAAAUGAUACACUGGAGCAGAUCAUCAAAGCACCGGAAAGGAAGGAAAAACCGACCGAUACGAUAGGGGACGACGAUUAUGCACUAAUUUGUGAGAGUUUCAUUAUGCUGAUGGCAAAGUACACGCGAUCGUACUACUAUCAUCCGGAUGUGAUCGCUUCGCGGGGUGGAGAAAAUGUUUCAAUGAAUUUUGUUAAACCUUUCGAGACGAAGUUGGAAAUUUUCAAUCAAAUCGUCCAGAGGUAUGAACCCUCGAUCGGUAGCGAAUUCGAUGAAGUGGCGUACGGUGCGUUGAGUUUGGCGGUUGGACUGUUGCAGGAGCGAUACGACGAUCAGAUGGAAGUGGGUCAUAUCGAGCGGAAAACGAAGGGAGGAUCCUAUCUGUCAACGAACUACAAUUUCUACACCGAUGCUAAUAUCCCGGAGGUGUUGCAGUGUGUGAAAGUGUUGAAGAUCGUCGAAAAACGUGUGCAGGAACUGUUGCUCGAGUGGCCCGAUCAUGCUGUGCUUGGAGAUAUCCUGCUAAUCAUGCAGCGAAUCCUAAGUCUACCAUCGACGGCACCGAUUGUGCGUUUUAGUACGGGAUUACAAUUGUUACGCCAGAAACUGGACGAAUGGAAUGCUGUCGCUCACCGAGCAAACAAUAUGCGAGAUCUUGAGAGAGAAGUGGUGGAAUACAUUCAUCGUUGGAUGCGGAUGGAGUUGCAGUAUUGGCGCGAAUGUUUGUCUCGCACGUUGGAACAAGUACGAUCCAAGGCAUAUCGAUACUGGUUCUUUAUGUACAAUCUACUACACGAGUACCUGCAAGUUGGAGCGACGCGCAAGGGAAAACUUAACCAUCUGCUUGACUACAAUAAGGUGGAAAAGUGUUACGGCGAGCAGGAACUACUGGAUGAGGAGGAAGAGUUGGAGGAUGUGGAGAUGGCCUCUGCUGGUGUAACGAUAGCGGACGUUAUCAAGGUGUUGAAGCAGUUCAUGGAAUCAUCAAACUAUGCCGAGUAUGGAUUGAGGUUGCGUGUGAUGAAAUCCUUCGAGCAGUAUCUUCACUAUCUUGAUGAGGAACGAUUUGGUUGCGAUAAAGCUAAGCGCGAUACGUUAAUAGCUGCCCUCUACAAUAUUCAUAUGUACUUUGAUCAAUUCUCGGAAGAGAUCGAAGAACACAUACGCACCAAACGUGUCCCGAUCGAGAAGAAGUUGAGGGAUUUCGUUAAGAUAGAAUCCUUCAAUAAGGACUUGUCGUACUUCAGCAUGCGGAACAAUAUUGCACGCGUUCACCGACAGUUGCACAAAUUCCUGAAAGAGUUCGAGACAGAAAUUUCAACCCGAGUUGCCACCGUCUUCUCGCCUAAGGAUCCAGCCAAGGAAAUCAACGAUGCCGACGAACAGAAAGUGAAAGUGCUGCGAUCCGAAGCAAAGGUUACAUAUUACAUGGUGGAUGUGAAGAGUUUUAUGGCUCCGAGGAAGUUAAUGGAACGGUUUUCGGUUGAUAAAGCAGAUGCAGAAACCACAAUGAACACUAGUGGUGGCAGUAAUCAGCAGGGAGGUGUGCAACUGUUCCAGAAAAUCGAUCGAUUCUUCUCGACGGCUCGUAACGUGUGUCGGGAAGCGAUCCUUCACGCACCGUUCCCGGGACUGGUGUACAGCUUGGACACCUUUAUGCACGAGCAGAUUGAAACGAUCGAAUAUCUGCGUGGCUUGGAGGUAGAUCGUACUCAGCCGCGUCCAAAGCAAAAGUCUCAAGCAAAACAAAUACUGAACCAAAAGCGAAAGGCACUGUCGGACUUUUACAAAACGCUUACCGUGCUGGGACUUAGCUACCGGACUGGGCUGGUUGAGUCCGCGAUUGGCGGUGCUGAUCCGGUUGAUCCAACGAUAAAACCAUUCAGUUUAGAGCUGUUAACACAUGCUUCGAAGUACCGGAAGGUCGAUCAACACAUCGUGUUCCUGAACGAUAAGCUUAACCUGUACUACGCCAAGUGUGUGUUCAAGAUUAAACUCUUGGCGAAGGUGAUGAUGCAACCGGAUGCUGACAUUGCUGGUCCGAUCAAUGUGGAUCGCAUCAAGGGCUUCUCGAUCGAUAUGUUCCUUCUGGUACAAAACCAACGGAAGGCAUUAUCGGACAUGGUUGACAACGUGUUCCAAUUGCGUGAAAUGAUUUCAAACCUUUACCAGCUGAGCACGUGCCUUGAAGAAGAACAGUCGAAUGAUGAUAAUGGUUUACGAUUCCGUGAAUAUCGUCAGCGCUUGGAAGUUUUGGGACGAUGCGCUCUGGAUGCUCGUUUGGUGCUGGAACAAUUCCAAAUGCUGCUUGCUUCGGCGCCAAGUCAAACGGAUGAAGAAUUGCAAUUGCUCGAGACGGGGCCGCUUAAUGUAGUGGAAGGAUGUUUCUACCGAGAAUCAGUAGAAUUUCAAAGGAUCUCUAAGCUGGCGCAGGAUGCUCUUAAGCAAACGGUUGAAUUGAAUGAAGAGCUUGGAAAACUUGCAAACGAUGCUUACUGUAUGCAUGAUCGGAUUGUAAAUCUUGAGAGCAAAUUGGCGAAUGUAAGAGGAAAGCUCGAAUCCUUGACGGAUGCAUUCAAAUUUUCCAACGCGGGUGACAAUCCGGACAGCUAUUUUGUUUACGGUCAAUCUGUACUAGAGUUGUUGCAACGGUUUGAGCAAUACAAGAAGGAUAUUAUUUGUGAAGCAACAUCGGGUGAAGCCAGCACAACUAUGGAUUGUUCGUUCGACGAGGAUAGUGUGAAUAAUGAGAUCGAAAACAUCAUUCACUCUCUGCUGAUAGCUAUGCAAACGAUCUACAAGAAAUAUUCUGAAAUAGUCUCAGAACCAGAGAACAAAUAUGAUGAACGCACAGCUAAUGGAACGAAGGCUGAUGGUAGCGAAGAUGAAGAUGGCGAGGAUGAAUCGGGCUACAACCUACAAGAACAACACUUGAAACAAAAGAUCAACGCAGAUCUUCAGUGUGAUUUGAAAACGCUAAACAUUGCAAGAGUGGUAGGCAAAUUAAGUACUUUGUUGGUACAGUUGGAGGAUGAAACUACGUCCAGCGAUAGCGUCCGAUUGCGUACUCUGAUCGUAAAGCUGACGCGACUGGUACCGAUUCUCGAGCAGUACAAUCUGCUCGUCGAAUAUUACCUUAUACAGCAGUUGGGCGCACAUAAAAUCUGCACAAAAAUGCUGUCCGUUAUGCUGACCGUCUUUAUCGAGCUUGCCACGAAGGGUUUCUGUGUGCCGAAAGAUUUGCUAGGAGACGAAGCGAAGGAACAAAACGGCGACCAAGAAAACGAUGGUGACCAGGGUGAAAAGUUUGGCUUUGAAGAUGGAGAAGGUGAAAAGGACGCCUCGCACAAGAUCGAAUCAGAAGAUCAGCUGGAUGAUGCUCGAAAACCGGGAACGGAGAAGGAAAAGCCGGACGAAGAGAAAGAUAAUAAGGAGGAAAAGGGAAUCGAUAUGAGUGAAGACUUCGAUUCCAAGCUGCAAGACAUGGAGCGUCCGGAGGGCUCCGAUUCGGAGGAGGAAAAAGAUGAAGAUGAGGAGAUUGAUAAGCAGAUGGGUGAAACGGAGGAAGGCGCUGAGAAGCUGGACGAUCAGAUUUGGGGAGAUGACGAGGAAAAGCCGGAAGAGGAGGAUAAUGAUAACAGUAUGGAGGAGGAAGAUGGAGCUGGAGCAAACGAGAAGGACGAGCGACAUAAUGAUUUGGGAUCGGAGAAAGAUAAGCAACAGCAGGGGGAUGACACGCAGCAGGAGGAUGGCACGGAUGCGAUCGAUCAGGCUCCGGUGACCGAUGAUAAGAAAAAGCAGAAACCGAAAGACAUUAACGAUAUGAACGAAAAUGAAGGCCAGGAAGAGGAAGAGCAGGAAAAUCCUUAUCACAACGAGCUGGAAGAACCGCCCGAGCCGGAAGAUCUUGAUCUGGAUGAAGACGUGAAUUUGGAUGGUAAUGAAAGGCAGAAAGAUGGCAAUGAUGAAGAGCAGGAUAAUCCGUUCGACAUUGACGCAAUGAAAGAGCAGGCGGACGGCGAGCAUGAGGGCAAUGAGGAAGAGGAGGAUGAUAAAGGUGAAGAUGAUAAAGCGGAUACUAAUCCUGCGAAUGAAAAUGGUGUCGAUUCUUCGGACGAGGAAGAAGAACCGGAUGCUGCCGACAAGCUUGCCGAUGAGCCUCCCGUGCCGGAGGAAGAUCCGAACAAGGAAAACACCGAUCAGCAAGUUCCGGGUGAAGAGGAAAAGAAGGAUCCCGAACAACCCGAAGGUGAAGAGGAUGAGCAGAAAGAUGAGCAGCAGAAAAAGCGGCCGGAAAAUGAAGAGCAUCAUGAAUCGCAUGACAAGCGUACGGAUGAGGAUCGUGUGGAAGCGAUGCCAGAUGCUGAGAACAAAGGUACGAGCGAUCAGGUGGCCAACGAUAAGCCGGAAGCGAAACAGGAGCACGAGCUCGAUGAGCAGGAUACUGGUGAAGAUAAGGAAGGCAUUGGCCAGGCUGAGAACGAGCAAUCCGAUAAGGGUCAUCGAGGUAUUGCAGAAUCGAAGGAAACGCGUACCCGCAACGAUGAGCAAAAAGAGCGCCAGGAACAAAAGCAGCAACGACGCAAACAGGGUCACACGGAUGAUGAUCGUUCGUUAGGUGAUCAAGAUCAGGCGGAGAAGAAGCGAUUGAAAACUGUCGAUCAGCUGAAUCGAGACGAGCGUCCGGAAAAGGACGAGGACUUGGAGAAGGAGGAAGAUGAAAAGGAAGAGAACGCGAAAGACGAUGAAUUCCAACACGUAAAGGAUGCAAAGAGUAGUGACAAAACUACGAUGGAUAACGCUACGGAAGAGCAAUCGAAACAGGUUCAACAUCAAGAAAAGCAGGACGAAAGCAAGGAGGGUAAGGAAGAUGAAGAAGAAGAGGGUGCCGAUCAGCUGUUGGAAGAGGAUGAACCAGUGCAAGACGAGGAUCUGGAAGAAACGGAACUUUUGGAGAGUGAGAAAAAUGAAAACAAAAAAGAUAAACCGGCGAAAAAGGAUCAAACCUCGAUGAAGGAAAGGAUGGAAACGGAGACAAACGUAGAGGUGGAGGGUGAAAUAGUUCCCACAUCGAUGGUGGCACGCGGGGACGACACAGUUGCGCACACGAUAUUCGAGAUCCUGCACGAUAUAACGCUCCCCGAUGAACCAACCACGUCCGAGCAGCUCGAUAUGCGUAAGAUGGUCGAAUCGGAAAUGCAAUCGUCCAUUCUGCAGGAUGGUUCCAGCGAUCAUGAAGCGUUCGAGCGGUGGCAGCAGAUAUCACACAAAAUGCUACCCAGUGCGCGUGAUCUUUGCGAGCAGCUCCGGUUGAUCCUGGAGCCUACCAAAUGCACUCGACUGAAGGGAGACUAUCGUACGGGUCGGCGGAUAAAUAUGAAGAAAAUCAUCCCCUACAUAGCGUCCCAGUUUCGCAAGGAUAAGAUCUGGUUGCGUCGAACGAAACCCGCUCAGCGAGAUUACAAAAUUACGAUUGCGAUUGAUGAUUCGAAAUCGAUGGAUCAUAACAAUUCCAAGGAUCUGACACUGCAAGCGAUAUCGUUGGUAUCGCAGGCAUUAUCUCUGCUAGAGAGCGGACGCUUGAACGUGAUGUCAUUCGGUGAGAAACCGAGGAUACUGUUGAAACAUUCGGACCAGUUUGACGGUCCGAAGCUAAUUAGUGCACUGAACUUUGCACAGAAUCAAAGUCGCAUCGCCGAACUGCUUAAGUUUGUGCGAACAUUCAGCACGGAAGAUGGAGCAGCGGCGGAUAAUGGAGUGUUCGAACAUUUGCUGUUGGUAUUGAGCGAUGGGCGUAAUAUCUACAGCGAAGGAGAGAAGGAGGUGAAGAAUGCGGUAAAGCUGGCCAGGCUGCAACGGAUCUUCAUUGUGUAUAUUAUCAUCGAUAAUCCAGACAACAAGCAUUCUGUUAUGGAUGUAAGAGUGCCUCUCUUUAUGUCGGACAGUACGCAGAUCGUCAUGCAGUCGUAUCUCGACGUUUUCCCAUUCCCGUAUUACGUGAUCGUAAGAGAUCUGGGGCAACUUCCGAUGGUAUUGAGCGAUGCGAUGAGACAAUGGUUCGAGUUAGUAAAUAGCGAGCAGUAA